AUGAUCAACAGCUCACCCGCCUUCUCCACCGCAUCUUCGUCGCCUCAACCACCUGCCUGGGCUCCCACAGACGCUGCUCACCACAUGCCCAUGCCCAACGCCCUCCUCGAUCAUCAGUUCUCUACCGAGCAUGUCAAUGCUUCUGCAUUUCAACCCAUGUUCCACUCGUCUUUUCCUGCUGUCUUUGCUGCUCCAUCCCCUGCGCUUACGCACCCGCCCAUGUACGUCGCUCAGGGGCUCAACAACUUCUGGAAACCCAGCCCCUCGGCCCAUCUCGUCAAGAUGGAGCCCGUCAACGACCUUUUCACACCCCAAGAAUUUGCUCCCUUCCCCGCCUCCCAGCCCAUGGUGGUCAGCAUGAGUCUGCCCAACUACGCCACUCAUGCUCCCGACAGGCGAUUCAACUUCUCCGAUGCAGAGUCCAUCGGCUCGGUCGCAUCCCCUAGCUCCACUUCCGAGGCAUCUUCCAGGCCCACCUCCGCGAACAGAGGUGCAAAGCGUAAAACCAUGGCUGAAACUUCGCUCGACCCGCUCUCGGCUUUUGGCACUCCCGAAACGGCUGAUACCGCCAAAACCACCAAAAAGACCUCUAGGCAAGCUGGCCAGCGACGCCCUCCACCUUCCGCUUCGCACAUCACCGAGUCUGGCAAGCCCUUCCCCGUCAUCGACACCUCGGCAAAGCACUCGAGCCUUUUCGUGCCUCCCGACACCUCGGGCCUCACCAAGCGCGAGGCGCGACUUGUAAAGAACCGCGCCGCCGCUUUCCUCUCCCGACAGCGCAAGCGCGAACAAUUUGAAGAGAUGGAGGUCAAAUGCAAGGGUAUCUCCAUGCUCGUCUGGCGCAUGUGGGAGGCCAUCGCUGGUCCCGACGCUGGCCUCGAGCACGUCGACUCGACUCCCCUCGCUGCCGUGCUCGCCAACGAAGAGCCCAUGGCGCGUCACUGCCUUGAAGAAGUUAUCUCCAAGAAAGGCGCUUCCAUCGCACCUACUGCCGACGAGGCCGAAAGCACUCCUGCCCCCGAGGUGCAGCCUCAGCUUGCUGCUCAAUCCAGUACCACUGCACCUGUGCCGACCCAAACCGCUUCUUCCGCUGAGCUCGAUCAGGCUCGAUCCGAUCUCGCCGCUUCUCUGCAGCGCGAGAACGAGCUGCUUGCUCAGCUCAAUGCGCUGCGUGCUAGCCUUGCCACCGCACACAACUCUGUUCCUGUGACAGGCUUCCAGGCGAUGGAUGUCAACGCCACCCACGCCAACCUUGCUGCUAGCAUGGGUGUCGCAUCGAUGCCGUUCAAGGCUGGGCAGGGCGCCGAGCUUCCCCUCUUUGUGCCAGAGUCGCCGCUCUCCAAGUUCACCGUGGGCGACGCGUCCAGCACGUUCAUGAAGCUUGAUGCUUCGAACACCGCUGGCUUCGACCUUUCCAAGACCCCGACGUUGGCCAUGUUCUCGGAGAACGCUCUUCGCAGUCAAUCGAUUCAGCCAGUUGGCAGCACCGUCAACGUGCCUGCGACAGGAAUGGGCCUUGGUCUUGACUACCGAUUUCCCUGUGCCUCCGCACCUUCUUCGCCCUCCACUGCCUCGACGUCGUCGUCGUCGAUCGAGAGCAGACAGUCGCGCGCCAACUCUCUGAUUGGCCACCAGACUGUUUCACCUGCCAAAGCGCCUAACACGCUGGCAUCGGUCCUGCUCCUGGCUGGCAUGUCGCUCAUGGGUGUUGGACCUUCCGCUCACGAACUCGAUGCUGCCGAGGCAUCUGUCAACGUCGCUGUGACUCCUGCUCGCAGCAGGCAGGCACGUACCGGUCGAAGGGCUUUGGGUCAGACCAAGUUACCUGAGCGUGCUGCAUCCACUCCUGCUGCUGGGCAACCCUCGUCGCACUUGAGCGACGAUGACCUUCUGAUGGAGAUCGGUCUCGACUCUGCCUCGCUCUCCGAGGCCGAUGAUGAUCAGGAUGUCGAUGCCACCAACCUUUCUAACGGGGUGAGCAUGCAGAGUGCAGCAGCGACGGCCGUGUCUUGCGCUUGA